AUGAGCCAGCGCGUUCUAUUGAAGUACGAGAAAAUUGAAAAGAUUGGUGAAGGCACAUAUGGAAAAGUGUACAAAGCCCGCAAUCGUGAAACUCAUGAAAUUGUUGCACUGAAACGUAUCAGGUUGGAAAAUGAUGACGAAGGAAUUCCAAGUUCAGCAUUUCGGGAAAUAUGCUUACUAAAGGAACUAAAACAUAAAAAUAUCGUCAGGCUGUUCGAUGUGAUUCUUAGUGAAUCACGUCUUACCAUUGUCUUUGAAUAUUGCGAUCAAGAUUUAAAAAAGUAUUUCGAUAGUUGCAAUGGAGAAAUUGAUCAAAAAACAGUCAAGUUGUUUAUGUAUCAGCUACUGCGUGGUCUGCAAUAUUGUCACUCGCACAACGUACUUCAUCGCGAUCUGAAACCGCAAAAUCUACUGAUCAAUGAUAACGGAGAACUGAAGUUGGCUGAUUUCGGUUUGGCUCGCGCCUACGGUAUACCGGUUCGACAAUAUUCGGCUGAAGUAGUUACUCUAUGGUAUCGACCACCGGACGUACUACUGGGAGCCAAAUUAUAUACCACUUCCAUUGAUAUAUGGUCAGCCGGAUGCAUUUUUGCCGAAAUGUCCAAUGCUGGUCGUCCUCUGUUCCCCGGUUUCGAUGUAGAGGAUCAGUUGCAACGAAUUUUCAAACUUCUGGGAACUCCGACUGAUGCCACGUGGCCAUCUGUUGUCGAAUUGCCAGAUUACGAGCCGUUUUCUGUGAUCUAUCCACCCAAUAUGAAUUGGCAUCAAGUGGUCCCAAAGAUGUCUUUCCGUGGUCGUGACUUGUUACAGCAAUUGGUUAUCUGCAAUCCCUCCGACCGAAUUUCCGCGGAGCAAGCUUUAAGUCAUUUGUACUUUGAGAAUAUGAGCAAUCACUAA